ACCAGCAGAGACAGCUAGGAAGACCUGACAUUUAUUUUGCUAGUAAUGUCAAUAGUUAUUUCAUCAAUAGCAGAGAAAACAUGGCUAAAUAUAUUGCGCAAAUCAUAGUCUUGGGUGCCCAAGUAGUCGGAAGAGCCUUUGCGAGAGCGCUCAAACAAGAAAUCGCUGCUUCUCAAGAGGCUGCCAAACGAGCUGGUGGUGGAGCUGAAGGCACUAGAAGAGCGGCUGCAAAUGCUUCUACAGGUCUCACUUUAGAAGAAGCAAUGCAAAUAUUAAAUAUAGAUAAAUUGGACAAGGAAAAAAUUAAUAAAAAUUAUGAGCACCUAUUUCAAGCUAAUGAGAAAGCAAAAGGUGGGUCGUUUUAUUUGCAAUCAAAAAUUGUAAGAGCUAAAGAAAGAAUAGACGCUGAAUUUAAACAGGCGAAGCAAGCUGAAAGUCAAAAGAAGGAAGCUCCAAGCCAACAGAAGGAUACUUCAUGAAACUUAGUUAAUUUGUUUGGACUAGACCUGUUAUUUUUAUUGUUGUAGAUAUUGUUUUAGUUAAACAGC